AACAAGACCACAUUCGACUAGAAAGAGAAAUAAUGGCAGAAAACGACCACCCUUUCAUCAUUCGCCUGGGGAGGUACCAGGCGCAGUUUUACCUGGCCUCGAUCGUGCUGGCCAUCGAGUACCUGCACGAGCGGAACAUCGCGUACAGAGACUUGAAGCCGGAGAACAUUUUGCUGGAUUCUCAGGGAAAAGGAUAUACUUUAACAGCAGACACUUGGGCCUUUGGGGUUUGUCUUUACGAAUUCAUGUGCGGCCCUUUGCCCUUUGGAAACGACGCGGAGGACCAGCUCGAGAUCUUCAGAGACAUUCUCGCAGGCAAACUCAUAUUCCCCCACUAUGUAACUGACCAAGACGCAAUAAAUCUUAUGAAGCGGCUUCUGUGCCGUUUGCCUGAAGUGCGAAUUGGCUGCUCAAUUAACGGAUACAAAGACAUUAAGGAGCACGCCUUCUUUUCGGACUUCGACUGGGACAGACUUGCAGGAAGAGAUUUGUCUCCUCCGCUUUUGCCCAAGGGGGAAAUCUACGCAGAAGACGCGGAGGAGGGAGGAUUGGACAUUGAGGAAGACGAGGGCAUAGAACUUGAAGACGAAUAUGAAUGGGACAAGGACUUCUAA